AAGAUAUUUUAAAAACAACAUGGCCAUGGCUUGAUGGCUUGCGUUUAGCGAUGAUUAGUGAUAAAACGGGGGGUUGAUUUUAUUUUAGUUGUGUCUAUUUGUAGAAGUUAGAUAUAAUCAGGGGAUUAUGAAUAGUGAAUAGUUUUGUGUAUAAAUUCAUUCAUGAUAUUCGCCAUUAGUGUGUUUUAGACUUCAUUUUCCAUUAAUGCCAAGCAGCAGGUGAGGUGAUAAGUUUAUAAAUAUGAAUUAAUGAAAGUGUUGCACCCGGAUUUCCCGUUUCCCCAACAAUGGUCGGGUAUUUGUUUUAUUCGGGUUUAGUGUUAUAAUGUUGGUGUCGACAUGAAGGAGAUGGUAGGAGGAUGCUGCGUGUGCUCUGACGAGCGAGGCUGGCCCGACAACCCUCUGGUGUACUGCGACGGCACCGGCUGCACUGUAGCUGUACAUCAAGCGUGCUACGGGAUAGUGACGGUGCCGACGGGGCCGUGGUUCUGCCGCAAGUGCGAGAGUCCUGACACCAAGGGGAAGGUGCGAUGCGAGCUGUGCCCGUCCAAGUCGGGCGCGCUGAAGCGAGCGGACUCGGGCGGCUGGGCGCACGUGGUGUGCGCGCUCUACAUCCCCGAGGUGCGCUUCGGGAAUGUCACCUCCAUGGAGCCCAUCGUGCUGCGGCUGAUACCAGCGGAGCGGUACAGCAAGACUUGUUACAUUUGCCAAGAUUUGGGCAAGACUCACCGCGCGUCGGCUGGAGCAUGCAUGCAGUGCAAUAAAUCUGGUUGCCGGCAACAGUUCCACGUGACGUGCGCGCAGAGCCUGGGCCUGCUGUGCGAGGAGGCGGGCAACUACCUGGACAACGUCAAGUACUGCGGCUACUGCCAGCACCACUACAGCAAGCUGAAGAAAGGAGGAAACGUGAAGACGAUCCCGCCCUACAAGCCCGUCGCGCACGAGUCUCACUCGAGUGACUCGAGCGGCGAGAAGGACGGCGAGUCGCCCAAGGCGGGCGGACAAACGCCCACCAGCAGCAGCGGCAAGUCCAAGGCGGGGCGCAAGCCGCACUCGGGCGCCGGCGCGAGCAAGGCCGCGCCCGCCGCCAAGCCCGCCACCGCGAGCCAGCCUAUGGACAAGGGGCGCAAGUCCCCGUCGCGGCGCUCAUCCACGGCCGGCGACUCCGCGGGCAGCAAGGGCUCCACCCCCGCGCCUUCGCCGCAGCACAGCGCAGACAACAGCACGCAGCCUAAAGGCUCGGGCGGGUCUACUCCGAAGGUGUCAGCGUCGGCGUCCCCGAGCGGCAAGGAGGCGGGCGGGGUCAUCGCCGCGCCCCCCGCGCCCCCGGCGCCCCCCGCACCGCCCCAGCCUCAGCACACCAGCUCCGCGGCCACGUCUGUGGUGCAAGCUCCCAAGGGCCAGCAGGAGUCGGUGAUCACGAACACGGAGGCGGAGGGCAAGCAGACCAAGAAGCGCAAGGCGGCCGCCGCGCACGCCGCCGCCGCCGACUACCAGCCGCACCACCACGCCCAGGGCAGUUCGCCGGCGCCGGCGGCCAGCAUGUGGGACAGCGCCGCGCUGCCGCCGCCCGAGCCCCAGCCCGAGCCCGCAGACAAGACCGUCAAGAAGGCCAAGACGGAGGGGUCGGAGGGCCCGCCGGCGCCGCACUUCGCCAACCCGCCGCCGCCGCCCGCGCACUCGCCCGCCGCGCCCAGCCCCAGGCAGCUGCCGAGCCCCAUGCCCGGGCCCAGCGGCGUGGGGCAGCCCAGCCUGCGCUCGCCCAACACCCCGCAGGGCUUGCCGGAGCGGGAGCCGCCUGCCAGCCUGCUGGUGUCGGUGCCGCUGCCCUCCACCAGCCAGAGCCUGCAUCUGGCGCACCAGCUGGCGGCGCUGGCCAACGAGCAGCGAGACCACUCCGCCGCCAACAUGUUCCACCAGGCACAGAAACAGGCGGCGAUGGAGCAGCCGGCGCACUCGCCGCACGCGCCCGGGCGCGCCUCCUGGGGCGGCCUCAACGUGUCCUACGAGAUGCAGGACCCCAGCAAGUCCGGGGCGGGCGCCAGCAAGGACCCGGCGGCGGGCGUGCGCAACAAGAAGCGCGCCGCCAUGGCCGCCAGCGUCGUGCACGCGCCCGCGCCACAGCCGCCCAUGCAGCCGUCGUCGGGCGGGAUGAUGGGGCACCGGCGCGCGCCGCAGCCCACGCCGCCGCCCGUCUACCAGGAGACCAUCAAGGACUCGCCGCCGAGCUCGCCAGGAUCUGAAAAACCGCUCAAACCAAAAAUGGAAACCAAUAGAAUGGCGAGCCACACGGCGCCGCACAUGCUGGGCAACGAGCUGAACCCGGAGUCGGGCGCGUGCGUGCGGCUGCAGGAGCAGCUGUCGGCGGAGCUGGCGGCCGGGGGCGCCGCGCCGCCGCCGCCCGCGCUCGUGCCGCCGCCGCUGCUCAACAAGGCCAUGGGGUCGUCGAGCUCGCGCAGCUCGUCGGGCGCGCAGAGCCUGGACCAGCUGCUGGAGCGGCAGUGGGAGCAGGGCUCGCAGUUCCUCAUGGAGCAGGCGCAGCACUUCGACAUCGCAUCCCUGCUGUCGUGCCUGCACCAGCUGCGCAGCGAGAACGUGCGUCUGGAGGAGCACGUGGGCAGCCUGCUGCAGCGCCGCGACCACCUGCUGGCCGUCAACGCGCGCCUCGCCAUCCCGCUCACGCUGCACCCCAUGGCGGUAUCAGCGGCGCCGGCGGAGUCGAGCGGCGCGCGGGGCGGGCGGGAGAACGGAGCGCCGCUGCGCCCGCCGCCGCCGCCGCGCCCGGAGACCGUCACCGCCGAGCGACACCAGGUAACCGCACCGCUGGACUACCACGAGCCGGGCGCUAGGCACGAGCGGCACCAGCAGAUGAUGGUGCGUGAGGUGCAACAGAAGCCCAGCUGAAACGGCGAGGGCGCGGGCGGCGGCGCGGCGGAGGGCGGCGGGGCUGGGGGCGCGGCGGGGGGCGGGGCCGGGGGUGCGGGGGCGCUGAGCACCGUGCAGAGCUACAUCAUGCUGGAGCAGCGCCGCCGCGCCGACUUCUCCAUCGACGCCAUCUUGAACGAGCCCUAGCGGCCGCCGCGCAGGUACACACCGCCGCAACCGCCGCGCUGACUCCGCACGCCACCCACACACACUUCAACCUCACUAGCCGGAUCUCCGCCAACGACCCAACGCGAUCCGAUCGCGCGCUCCAACCAUUUUUAUAUACAAAAUUCCUUCGAGCGCGUGAUCAGAGCGCGAUGGCUCGUUUGCCGGAGACCCGGCUAUUGAACAGUGCUAACAUCUAAGUGUGCAAAACGAGAAAGGGUGGUGGGGUCAACCGAGCAGAAUGGUGACAUUGCCAAGUUUACAGACAUUUCCAUAUCGUGUGUGUUACCAUCUGGUGGCAAUAUGAACUAUGAUUGUGACGGUGUCUACUUGUGUCUGGCGAAGGUAUUUUUUAUAGAGAAAUCUUCCAUAAACUUAGAUGUGGUGCGAAUGUAGUGUCGCCACUGACUAUUAGCGUAGAGUCGAGCAGCAAUCGGGAGUGACAGCUCCAAGUAGGUCGUUUGGUUCUUGAUUAUUUUCGACCCUAUACGCAGAUGUUGGUUAUAUCCGAUAUCCCAUCUGGUUGGAUAGUCCCAAUGAUUAAAAGUAAUGUUAGUUUUAAUUAGUACAUUAGUAGUAAAUGAAAAUGUCGCAGUUCUAUGAUUUCCUUAGUGGCGAGGCAUUAAUUGAAUGAAUUAUGUUUUAUUUUAUGAAUUGUUGAUUUUCUUUAUUUGAAUUAAACAGUAAGAGUGACAUAAUUGUGUAACGCACUAGUAAUCGCAGAAGGUUGUUUACAUUAUUUUUUGUUAACAUAUAAAUAUAUUAUGGUUACUUUUAGUUUGUGAGAUAACGACAAUGUUUUUUAAAUACAUGUUAUACAUAAGUCUAGCUUUUAGAGGAGAGUAAGCACAUUGUAUUUAUAUAGACCUGUGUCCGAAACGCAGCAUUCAAGUUCAGAAUAGAUAUAAAUAAUUGGUAUAAUGUUUUCUAAAUUGGUAUAAUAAUUUCUACUGACGUAGUCGGGUAGUAGUAGGUAGUAUAGUCACUAACAUUGACAGUAAACCGUAUCAUCAGAACAUGUAUAAAUAACAGAGAUGAUAGCCUAGAGGUUUAUUAUAGGAGCUACAUGUCUCUAAUUAUGGAGGAAUAAUUAUUAGUAUGCGACUUAUCUACUAUGUAAUCUAGCAUGUAUUCUGUAGCGUACUGUAGUGUAGCCACUUAGAACGAUCCGCGAUGGUAUUUCCGCGAUGAAUAGUGAACUAAUCAAAGCCCAAUGACCGCCUUGAUAGUUAAGAAAAAUAUACUAUUACAUGUAAAUAUAUUGUAAUGGUUAGUGUAUACAGUACGUAUAUUUAGUCGGUACUCUCAGUCAUGAGCGAUGAUAAAGUAGGUAGAUUAUUGAACUACUGGCUCCCAUGUGUAUACUGACUCUGCGGCACCCUUCAGAGAGGCUCAGACAUUACACUGCGUAGAUAAUGAUUAUAUAUAUGAACAUUUACAAUAAUUAUGUGUGCUUGUACAUGUAAAUAGUCGAAAAGUUUAGUUGGAGUGUGCGAUAAUAUUAGCCAAUACGGGCUCAUACUGCAGAACAAAGGGCGUUACUUCAGCUGGCUUCACUGACUACAAGGGACCGGCUUUUACCCGUUAAAACUAUCCUAUUUUUUACACAACGUUUUGCACCCUUAAUGUGCUAUGCAAUGGCCAUUGCCACAUCAUUUACUCUUAUGUCGAUAAACUUUCUUACACUUAGGGUGGCUUGCACCAAACAUUUAUGCAAUUAAAUCAAUUGUUGUCUUGCUUUGACAGCAUAAUGUCAGAGCAAGAGAUCAUAGAUUUUAUAUUGAUUAUCUUUUUGGUGCAAGUUACCCUGGUUAUCAAAAAGUUUCUGCUUUGCUAUCUGCUAUGUGUCAUACAGACCAGUAUAACAUGGGAACCAACGACGAUUGGGAUAGUGUUAGACUAGUGUAAGAGGAUAGUAUAAAAAUAAUUACUUAUAAAUAAUAAUAUGAAUUUAUACCUAUCUCAUUUACGAUCUUAUAUGAGACCUAACCACGCCGCCAGAUAUAUACAUAUGUAGCUAGGGGUUAAAUUAAAGAGCAGUAGUAACUGAGUCGACAGAGAUACAGGUUCAAAUCCCGACCAUGCCAUUUACCAGAGAUGUUUGGAAAUUAUUUACAAUUUAUACCAUCGCUAUACGGUACAACAACGAACGUUAGAAAAUUGCACAUUUAUUUUAGCAUUGAAACGACCAACCCGUAGUCGAUCAGUGUGGGGGGGAAAUUAUCCAACCUCAGGGAGGAAUAAUAAUCGGUAUAUGCACUAAAGAUCCAUUUGAGUGACGCAGAGGUAGUAACUAACACCCCCACAAAUAAUAGAAUAGCGUUAACAUUAUAUGAUCUAGAUAUAAUAUAAUAUAACAUAUAAUAUUUAUGUACAUAUAAAAAAAGGUACCACACGCUGCCCGAAUGGAAUAGUUUAACUUAGGUACUGAAUUACGAAUAUGUGUAUUCAAAUAAUGUACGUUUCAAAAUUACAAUACAUUUUAAGCUAAUUAAGUAAUCACGCGAUGAUAUAUCCGCGAUGUAUAUAGUUUAUUAUACGAUACAAUUGCCCGUCAUAGUAAAAAAAAUACCUUUAAAUAGGUUUAAGCUAAUUAAUCAUUUUAUUCAGUAGUUUCAAAAAUGGUAUUGAGAUGGUCGGACAUUAGUCACAUAAAUUAAAUUCGGUGUCAUGUAAAGUACCUAUCAGCAAAAUAUUUAUAUUUAUGUAAGUAGUCAAUCUAAAUCAGAGCCAGAAAUAGCGAAUUGGUCAGCAAAUCAUAGCCACAAAAUAUGUAUUUUUAUAAAAGAUUAAAUCGAUCAGAAAUUUAUUAAUUUUGGAUGGCUCUUUUAGCUACUAUUCUACUGACUACUGUUAGUUGCUGAGCAAGUACUUAGUAAUUUUGCUGACCGAAUAGUUACUUAUUUUGCAAUCUCAUAUUUGUUAUUUUUGGUUACUUAUUUAUGAUUUGAUAUCUGACCAUUAUCGAGAAUAUUUGCGGAAGAAGGAAUGAUUUCGGUUUGCUAUCGAUUAUUUGAAUGCGAUUCAUUAAAAUUGUGCCUAACCAAAUUUCAAACUUUUCAAUUAAUUACAUCUUACUUAAAAAAAUAUUGUAGUAUACUGACUGGCGCAUAAAAGGAAAUAGAAAGAGAAUAGAACUAGAUAUUACCUACUAGAAAAAAACACAUAAAACUAAGUUAUUGAAUUUUGACAUGUGAUGUCUUUGAUUCUACUUUUGAACCCCGUAGGUAUAUUACUCGUGUUGUAGAGUAGGGUGUAUACUUGUAUAGUAUAUCAUGCAGGUCUAUCUCGCCAGUGCCAGUAAUCCCAUGGAAAACUCUGUACAUAUAAAGUAAACAUUGCACGCACUCGCUGCCCGAAUGGUAUAGUUUAACUUAGGAACUCAAUUUAUAAUUACACUAUAUCCAUAGAACUGAAGUCGAUUUGAAAGUUUACAAAGCGACUAGUUACUUGAUAUACUAUGUACUUUUCUCUUUUUGACUCAUGCGAUUCUCGACAGUUAUGAACAUCUUCCAAAGAUAGAAGAAGUUAUAUGAAUACAGAUUCAUUUGCACUCUCACCCCAACAAAUAAUAUUAUAGGCUUAAUAUUGUAUUUAAUACGAUCUAAAUAUAAAUAAUAUAAUUAAAAACUCUGUACAUAUAAAGUAAACAGUGCACGCACGCGAUGCCCGAAUGGUAUAGUUUAACUUAGGAACUCAAUUUCUAGUUAUGUAUAUUCAAAUAAUCGAUGUUUCUAAAUUACAAUACAUUUUAAACUAAUUAAGUAAUCACGCGAUGAUCAUACCGCGAUGAAUUCAUAUAAUAGUAAUCAAAUAAUAGCAUAGUACUAAGCACGAGAGAUCCAUAACGCAACGCUGAGCACAGAAUGUUGUGUCGCUUAGUGGCUGAUGAUUGAUGAUGCAUAUAUUAUAGUAGUAACAUCAUCAUUUAGGACAAGGAACCUAACUACUAGAUUAAUAAAAAAGGUUAAAAUAAUACUAAUUAGAAGAUACUUAUUUCUAAAGUGUAGAUUAAUUAAUGUGUAAGCGACUGCAAAAGGUUUUCUUUAGAUAAA